AUGGCCAGAGACAGGCCACCAUCCCCUGUCAACGUGACUGUGACGCAGCUGAAGGCAAACUCUGCCACAGUCUCCUGGGACGUCCCAGAAGGAGACGUGGUCAUCGGCUAUGCCAUCUUACAGCAGCGGCAAGAUGGACAGAUGCAGCGCUUCAUCCGGGAGGUGAACACCACCAACCGGGCCUGCGUGCUGUGGGACUUGGCAGAGGAUGCUGAUUACAUCAUCCAGGUGCAGAGCAUCGGCCUGUAUGGGGAAAGCCAGGCCAGUAAGCGUGUCCACUUCCGGACCCUGAAGGAGACCGACCGCCUCCCUUCCAACAGCUCCAACCAAGGUGAUAUCACCAUGGAAGGGCUGGACAAAGACAGGCAGCUGCAGACAGGCGAGAUUAUCAUCAUCGUGGCUGUGCUGCUCAUGUGGGCAGCGGUGAUCGCCCUCUUCUGCAGACAGUAUGACAUCAUCAAGGACAACGACUCCAACAACAACAAGGAAAAGACAAAGCCGUCCUCAGAGCACAGCACGCCAGAGCGACUGAGCGGAGGGCUGCUGCGGAGCAAGAAGAAGUCUCCCUCGGUCAAUAUAAUCGAGGUGUAAGUGCAGCACCAGCUCUGCGUCUGAGGUCCUGGGCGUCCUGCCAGAGCCAAAGCAGGCCUUGGAAGAAGAGGCAGCACCAGGCACCCAGCCUGGAACUCUGCAUGCGAAGAUCAGUGUAUCAGAACUUACGCUUUCCCGAGGGCGCCUGUCCAGGGAUGUGCAUGGAGCCGGCUCCCAGCCGUGCAUGCAGUGCGCGGCCCUGCCCAUCCCGCAUGCCUGGCCCUGCUCCCCUGCCACUGCAGAGCGCAGAGCUGAGAAAGUGUGGGGGGCCACACCACCAGCCCAGGGGAGCAAGCCUAGGGGAGCAGAGGGGCUGGUGUGCUGGCUUGAGGGGAGGCAACAUCCCUGCACACUGGCUUGGCCAAAGGCCUGGGUGCAACCAUGUGGCACCGGACCUGCCUGUCCGGCAGGCAGCCUGGAGCAGACCUUGCUCUCAGCCGCUGUGUCUAGGCUCGGAGGGCUACUUGCGGAGGGCAGUGGCUGCUCCCCUUUUGGCCCUGAGACUGAGGGGAUGGGGCAGUGCAGGCAUUCGCCCCAGCACCACCAGGGAAGUUGUGGCUGGGUGGCAGGAGGGUUUGUCUGUGGGGCUGGGCCCAGUGAGCACAGCUGAAGAGUGGAUCCCUGCUGGAGAACGGGGCUCCACCACACCCCAUCAUUGCCGUGCAGGGGCUUCAAGGCCUCUCCCUGCUGCAGGGGACGAAGACACAAAUGAGCACGAGGAGCUAGUGCUGCCACAGUGCCUGGCCGGCCUGCAGAGCGUGCAGCCAGGGCAGGGAGUGCUGGCAGAAGCCAUUCUGUAGAGUGGUGUGAGCAGGCAGUGCCGGGGCAUGGCUGUGGCUUUGCCAUUUCCCUAGCAGGGCUCAGUCCUGACACAUUCAAGCUGUUUGUGGGGGAGCUGCUGAGCACCCUGUGAGCAAUGCGAUGCUUGUACUGGAGAUAAUGUGGUGAGGCCCAGCAAGGUCUCAGCAGGCUUGGCAGGAUGUGCGCUGCAGAGCUCAUCACCGCUCUGGGGACAACCCUAGCUUCAACAGCGUCACAUCCCACUCCCGGCUCCUUCUGUCUUGCGGGGGGGGGGGGGGUAUGGUCACUGCUGAUGCUUCUGCUGCUGGAGCUGGUCACAUGGCCUGCACCAGAUUGGCUGAUGUGACACAGACCUGUUGGAAAGGGCUGGCCCUGAAUGCCCAGAGCUGGUGGACUGCUGGCUUGCUGGUUGUCUGCCUGCUCGUGCGAGGACAACAUGAGCCAUCGACCACUCUGGGGCUGGUGAAGAGGUGAUGUCUGGACUGUGCUUGUUUGCUCCCCAGAGCCUGCAGGCAGAAGUCUCUCACUGAGUAUCUGCACUGCUCUGUGUCCGAGGCUGAGGCUGGGCCCAGGCAUGCCCUCUUGCUGGCAGUAGGAGGGAACAGGGUGAUGUGAGGAGGCUCUCUGUUGCAGAGAUGGCAGCUGGUGCCCUGGCUGCUGUUCUCCCUCUGUGCUCUGCUCUGUGGCCUGUCACUGAGCUAGUGUGCUGGCUCUGCAGCCCUGGACUCAAGCAUCACAGGAUCCAGCGUCUUCCAGGAACAAACCUGCCAGUAAAGCACUUUCAGGACUCUUCCUUCCAGGUGCUGCUCAGCUCCUGCUGCAGGACUAGGUGGGGAAGGGACAGGAUAAGCAACUCCCUGUGGCAGAGUCUUUUCAAUAAAAGCAUCCUGGCUCAAAGGCA